AUGUGGCUGGCCGCUUUAGCUUUCCUGCAUCGUCGCCGUUCGCUCGAGGCGGCUUCAUCACCCCCUCCUUCCCUUUCCGUGUCCAUAUCCGUCACAGACUUGGGGCAGCCGCUGCCGCCUGCUUGUGCCCCUGCCUCUCGACGCUCGACCUCUCUCCUCGUCUUGCCGCUGCCAGCCGCUCUCCACCUCUGCACCUCCAUCAUCUCCGCCCCCGCUGCAUUUCCCAAUCCGUCGACUCGAUCCGCUCUCUCAGACGCGGAGCUCUCGAGCGCUCGGCGUAAGUUGCCUCUUCCGGUAGACACAGGCACUGCUGUCUCGCCUGCGCCUGCCAGCGCCGUCUCGCCCAGUCGACAGCUCCGGCCGCCCGCAUCGGGUCUCACCUUUGGAGCCGUACCCGAGAGACCUGGCAUGCUGACCACCGCACGUCGCUUCUUCACCCCGCACUGUUUCUCCUCGCUCGACGCCUCGCGCACUCGUCAUCCGCCCCUAGCCUUCGCUGCCAUCCUUGACAGCUUCCAGCUCCCAUCACUGUUCAAGCUCGACCGUCACAGAUCAACCUUCGCCAUGUCUGGGGCUGCAUCCACCAACCCUGCCCUCAGCUUCGGCCCUACGGGCCCCUCGUCGAUGGCCUCGUCCACCUUCCAGUCUCCCGACCCCUCCUCGAGCUCCGCAGCAGGCUACAACGCCGCUGGCAGCUUUCCUGCUGGAUUCGGACGUGUCAAGGCCGACCCUUCGAGCUACAGCUACGACGAACAGGCUCCGCGAUCGCAGCAGCAUGGAAACUACACACAUCACGACCUCGGCGGCGCGGGCACCUUGGCACAAACACAGGCUCUCGGAGGAUUCAACCCAUCCACCAACCAGCAUUACGCCGAUCCCAUCCGCUCGGCAGCCGCCGGUCCGGCCAACUAUGUCCCAGGUCAUACGCGCCACCAAUCGCUCAACUCGGGCGUGAGCCAGCUUGGUCUUGGAGGCGGAAGCAGCGCGUACUCGUUUGGCGACGUCAAUGCAAGCCAGUACAACAACUACAACCUCGUCCCUGCGCAAAGGUCGCCAUCGGGUCGCUCGUCGGGUCUCCCCGCCGAGACUUCGCCGACGCGAACUCGCUUGCCAUCGGUGGGCUACAGCGACCCGCGCACCAUCAAUCGCCCUCCUUCUCGGCCCAUCGGUCUUGGCGUGUCGGUGACGCCAGGCGCCAGUAGCGACGAGUCGGCAAAGGUCGAGAGCGGCUCGCCCCGAUCGCUCAAGCGAUCGGCGGAUCCGUUGGAAGACCUUCGCAGCUCCUCGGAGCACGCCCAGCUUCGCCGCCCUGCUUCAUUCCCCGUGCUGGGUGCGGGCGGCAGCGGCAUGUAUGGCCGUCCGAUCGGCCAGGAUGCUCGCAACGCUCAAUCCAUCGGUCGCAAGACGGGACGAGGCGGUAUGGGCGUGCCCGGGCAGCUGACGCCUGGUCGCUCCCAUGCCAUGCUUCCCGGUCUUGGCGGUGGAUUCUACGACUCGGAUGCUCGUCGUGAAUCUCUGGGAUCCAACACCACGAUGCAAUCUCCCGGCGCCUACCACGGUGGCUCCGGCUCGUCGGAUGAGCUCGGACUCGGUGGCGGCGGCAUCCCGCAGCUCAUGCGCGCCACGCAGAUCCUAGGCUCCAUCCCACCUGCUCCGGCCAUGGCGUCGCACGAUCCCAUGUACAGCCCUCCGGGCGGUGCGGGCGGAGGUGCUCCACGUGCCAGGCUCGAGCUGCACGGCAACCUCAACGACAUGGCCGUGGGCUGGUCGCACGACGAGUGGAGGAGCGGGCGUCGUCUGGUGCAGUUCUGGAGGCGACAGGAGGGCACCACGAUCCACGCCACCUUCCGACCUAUUCUGCCGUCGCAGUACGUGCCCAACAGCAUCGUCAUCUCGUGCAUCUUCCGCGAGGACAAGAACGAGUGCUUUGUCACUUCGGUCGACACGAUCUACCUGCUCGAGGCGCUGGUGGCGAGUCGCUUCACCGUCGAGGAGAAGAACCGCAUCCGCCGCAACCUCGAGGGCUUCCGACCCAUCACGGUGAGCAAGAACAAGCGCGAAUGCGAGCGCUUCUUCAAGCUCAUUAUGAGCUUCCCCAACCCGAAGCCGCGCAACAUCGAGAAGGACGUCAAGGUGUUCCCGUGGAAGGUGCUUGCCUCGGCGCUGUGCAAGAUCAUCGGCAAGUACAGCGCAUCUUACGAAGGCGGUCCGCCGGUGCUGUCCGACCUGGGUCCGGAUGCAUCGUUCGGCGGAGCGAUGGGUGGCUCUCUGUCGUCGGUCGAUCUCUCGGGCGGCCACUACCGAGAUGUCAGCUAUCCAAGCUCGUCGCCCUCGAUCAAGGACACGCGUCUGCCCGGGUCGUUUGACUACGAUCGUCAGGGAGGCGCUGCGGGCGCCUAUGCAGUCUCGAACCCAGGCGCACAUCAUUCGGCGGGAUAUGGUGGCAACGCGUGGAACAUGGGCAGCCAAGACAUGGCGUUCAACGCUCCCGGUGCGGCGACGGGUUAUGCGCAGGGCCCAGGCGUUUCCUUCUCCACGGGCGGCGGCGGAUCCCACAGCCACACUCACAGCGCCAGCAGCUACGACAGCUUUGGCGGAGGCAAUCUCGUUCAGAACCCCGCCGCGUCGGAUGCCAGCCACAUGUACGCGCAACAGCCGCAGGAGGCAUACUCGGCUACCGCUCCUCCGCACCACAGCCAGGCACCGAGCUCGAGCACGCUCGCGGCUGCCACGGGCGACUACUAUGCGGACCGCCGGUGA